AACUUCAGUCUCAUGAGUCAUAUCCUUAACACUUUCCUUUUAUUCAGUGUAAUGUAAUGUCGUCACUUUCCACUAUCUUUCAACGGAACUAAAAAUCACAACCACCACUCACACCGUCGUCACCGCCAUGGUUGCCGUCGCUAUCUCCACCGUCACUCUCACCGGUGUCAAUCUUCACACCAGAUUUCACUCCUCUCGCUUUUCUUCUCAUUCCAAACGCUCUUCUUCUACCAUCAGAUGUCAAGCGGUUAAUGGUGAUAAGAAGAAACAAAGUAGCAGUAGUAGUAGCAGAAAUGUGUUUGACAACGCCAGCAAUCUCUUAACAAACUUGUUAAGCGGUGGAAGUUUAGGGAAUAUGCCUAUAGCUGAAGGUGCUGUCACCGAUUUGUUUGAUCGACCUCUCUUUUUCUCACUAUAUGAUUGGUUCUUAGAGCAUGGCUCUGUGUAUAAACUUGCGUUUGGGCCAAAAGCAUUUGUUGUUGUAUCCGAUCCCAUCGUUGCAAGACAUAUUCUACGAGAAAAUGCCUUUUCUUAUGACAAGGGAGUACUCGCUGAUAUCCUAGAACCAAUUAUGGGAAAAGGACUCAUUCCUGCAGACCUUGAGACAUGGAAGCAAAGGAGAAGAGUGAUUGCUCCGGGUUUCCAUACCUCAUACUUGGAAGCUAUGGUAAAACUAUUCACUUCCUGUUCAGAAAGAACAGUAUUAAAGAUCGAUAAGCUUCUUGAAGGAGAGGGGUAUAGUGGGCAGAAGUCAAUCGAAUUGGACCUUGAGGCAGAAUUUUCAAAUUUGGCGCUUGAUAUUAUUGGGCUAGGUGUGUUCAACUAUGACUUUGGUUCUGUCACCAAUGAAUCUCCCGUUAUUAAGGCAGUGUAUGGCACACUUUUUGAAGCUGAACAUAGAUCCACUUUCUAUAUUCCAUAUUGGAAAUUUCCAUUAGCAAGGUGGAUAGUACCCAGGCAAAGGAAGUUUCAGGAUGACCUUAAGGUCAUUAAUACUUGUCUCGAUGGACUUAUAAGAAAUGCAAAAGAGAGUAGGGAGGAAACAGACGUUGAGAAACUGCAGCAAAGGGAUUACUCAAAUUUGAAGGAUGCAAGUCUUCUGCGCUUUCUAGUUGAUAUGCGGGGAGUUGAUGUUGAUGAUCGUCAGUUGAGGGAUGAUUUAAUGACAAUGCUUAUUGCUGGUCAUGAGACGACGGCUGCAGUUCUUACAUGGGCAGUUUUCCUGCUAGCUCAAAAUCCUGACAAAAUGAAGAAGGCUCAAGCAGAGGUAGAUUCGGUGUUGGGUACGGGGAAGCCAACUUUUGAAUUGCUUAAAAAGUUGCAGUACAUCAGGUUGAUUGUUGUGGAGGCUCUACGAUUAUAUCCACAACCACCUCUGCUGAUUAGACGUUCACUCAAAUCUGAUGUUUUACCAGGAGGGCAUAAAGGUGACAAAGAUGGUUAUACAAUUCCUGCUGGGACUGAUGUCUUCAUUUCUGUAUAUAAUCUCCAUCGAUCUCCAUAUUUUUGGGACCGCCCUGAUGACUUUGAGCCUGAACGAUUCCUAGUUGAAAACAAGAAUGAAGAAAUUGAAGGGUGGGCUGGUUUUGAUCCAUCUCGAAGUCCUGGGGCAUUGUAUCCAAACGAGAUUAUAUCGGAUUUUGCAUUCUUGCCUUUUGGCGGUGGACCACGAAAAUGUGUUGGAGAUCAAUUUGCUCUCAUGGAGUCCACAGUAGCUCUGACUAUGCUGCUUCAAAAUUUUGACGUGGAAUUGAAGGGGACCCCUGAAUCUGUUGAACUAGUUACCGGGGCAACUAUCCAUACCAAAAAUGGAUUGUGGUGCAAUUUGAGGAAGAGAUCUUUUGCACAUUGACAUACUGAUUUGAACAUGAUUUUGAAUGAAAGAUAGUAUUCAUGUAAUCGCCUACAAAGACUGCUGAUGUACAUUAUCAUCUUUUCUAA